CUCCUGAAAAUUUUAGUUCCUCAAACAUUAAUUUCAUGAAUUAAUAGUUUCACUGUAUGUAUAUGUACUUACUUAUCUACUAGGUAAAAAAGAAGCAAUCAUUCUUACUGCGCAGUGGGUAUAUAUAGAAAAUCAAUUAAUACUAUCUUAAUAAAUGUCUAUCGAUAAAAAUAACAAUUAAUUUUUGAUAAACUUUACUGUACCACUCUUAGUGUAGUCUUUGAAAAUGGAGGUCCUUGUGCUACUGCCAUGGCUAUUUGUUAUUAUAACCGCUCAGGAUACAUUAUACAGCGUGGAUCAACUAUUACAAAGAGGAAUCAGCAGUGGCGACGGAGUUUCUACAUAUGCAGUGGAUGACGAUGACGGCGCGAUCCAAUCCAACGAUGGCCUGAAUGCGAACCUUGAGGAACAACAGCAAAAAAAACUGCAAAACCUUGGAACUAUGUUUUUACGGAUGGCACAAGCAGCAGGAUUACGGGAAAAUAAAAUAAAACGCCCCCCUUAUCCCCCCACGAAUCCGCAUGGCGGUCCAGUGCAGAUGUACACGGUGUCCGGGGGACCGCUGCUGCCGGGACAACUCAUCGUGUCCGACUUCCACACUAGAAGGGGGGAAGAGGUCGACGUCGACACUAGAAGCGGGGGAGAGGUCGACUUUGAUCCUAGAAGGGAGAUAAUAGAUGCUUCUGGGCCGACUGAAAAGCCUAAACGCAGGCCCUAUAUGAAGUUAAAAUUGCAAGGAUACGUUUACAAAAUGCAAGGAUAAGAUUAGUCAAUAAAAAUGCGAUAAUUCAAAACUCCUAUAUAAGUUAAAAUUUCCUCAAAGUAACAUUAAGGGUCACUUUUACCAAACACUAAACGUAUUUAAAAUGGUAUUUAAAUCAAAUUUUAAAUACAUUUUGUACUAACUGACAGACGUUUGACAGGCGUUUAAAUAUGUUUAGCGUUUGGUGAAAUUCCACCUAAAACUCCAAACCCCAAUUUGUGUUAAGUAUUUUAAUUUUUAAUAAUAUUGUUAACAAUCUAUAGCUACGUUUUAAUAACAAAAUAUCGGUACAAUAAAUAAAAAAACACUCUUAAAUUAUAUGUCGGUAAACACGGUUAAAUUAUAGUAUUGCAAAAAAUAUU